AUGCCACCACGUGAAGAGUUCCUGACUGAAGGAUUGGAGGGUGCACCAAGUAAUGAUAUAGGUUGGCACUUUGGAACUCCAGUGCCAAAUACGAGAGGAAAUAUCGUAUGUAAACUUUGUGGUAAAGUUGUGAAAGGAGGAAUAACACGAUUUAAAGAGCAUAUUGCUCAUAAAACCGACAAUGUUGCACCAUGCCCUAAUGUUACUGAAGAGAAGGAUGAACACGAGGGAUUCAUUGAUGAGGUUUCUGCUAUAAGGCAAGCAACUCGAGAAAGUAUCCAAUCACAACACGAGUGGCAUAGAAAGGAAGAAUUCAGACGAAGUACUGGCGGUUGGGAUAACAUUUAUGAAGAAGGGCGAUCUUCUCAUGGAUCAGCUAGAAAACAUAAUAGAGAAAGAACAAGUAAAUCCAUCCCAAGUGAGUCUGAGUUUACCUUAAGGAGAGCUAUACCUGAAUUGGUUAGAAGCAAAAGUUCAAAGCAACCAAAGGUCAAUGACUCUUUUUUAAAGACUUUUCGAAGGAAGAUAGGUGAUGCGGUAUCUAAAUUUUUAAUAUAUGAAAGACUUCCUUUUCAAUUAGCAAGCUCUCCAUGGUUGUAUAACUUAAUUCAAGUGUCAGCAGAAGUUGGACAAGGUGUAAGGCUUCCAACACCUUAUGAGGUUUCAGAUGUGUAUUUGGAGUCAGAGUAUCAACGAAUUCAUGAUUGGGUAAAUGGACUAAAGACUCAUUGGAAAGAAUUGGGUGCAACUCUAAUGUGUGAUGGUUGGACCAACAGUUUGAAUCAAAUGCACAUCGUUAAUUUCCUUGUUUAUUGCAGUAAAGGAACCAUUUUUUGGAAAUCGGUAGAUGCCUCAAGUGUCUGUAGUAGAGAUGCUGAAUUCUACUACUGUUUGUUAGAUUCAGUUGUAGAAGAAAUUGGAGAAAAUUACAUUGUCCAAAUAGUGAUUGAUAAUGAGGCAGCAAUGAAAGCUGCUGGAAAAAAAUUAAUGUUGAAAAGAAAACAUUUAUAUUGGACCUCAUGUGCAGCUCACUGUUUAGAUUUAUGCCUUAAAGAUAUUGGGAAAAAGCCCAGUGUAGCAAAAGUGUUAGAUGAGGCAAAAAGAGUGACUUGCUUUUUAUACAAUCACAUUUGGACUGUUGAUUUGAUGAAGAAGUAUACACAAGGGAAACAAAUACUUCGACCUGCUCUUACUCGAUUUGCAACUCAUUUCAUUCAACUUGAAGAGAUAACAAGACAAAAGCAAGGUCUGUGUAACACCCCUUACCCGUAUCCAACACCGGAAUAG